AUUUUUAGGGGAUUUCUGGAAGGGAAGAUCAACUUUGCCCCCACAUACAAAUAUGAUCUGUUCUCUGACGACUACGACACCAGUGAGAAGUGCCGCACGCCGGCGUGGACAGACCGCAUCCUCUGGCGGAGACGGAAAUGGCCCUUCGACCGAUCAGCUGAAGACCUGGAUCUGCUGAAUGCAAGUUUUCACAGUGACACGAAUGUCCCUUAUACAUGGAAUCCUGGCACUUUGUUGCACUAUGGAAGAGCAGAACUGAAAACAUCUGAUCAUAGGCCGGUGGUUGCACUGAUUGACAUUGACAUAUUUGAAAUUGAAGCAGAAGAGAGACAAAAAGUGUAUAAGGAGGUGAUUGCAAUGCAGGGACCACCUGAUGGUACUGUGAUGGUCUCCAUCAGAAGUUCUUCAGCAGAAGAAAACUAUUUUGAUGAUAACUUGAUUGAUGAUCUUCUUCAAAAAUUUGCAAGCUAUGGUGAAGUUAUACUUAUAAGGUUUGUGGAAGACAAGAUGUGGGUAACGUUUUUGGAAGGAAGCUCUGCUCUGAAUGUUAUGAAUUUGAAUGGUAUUGAGGUAAUGUAGAAAUGACUGAACCUUUGUAUAGCAAGAGAAAAUCCAGCUUUUUUAAAGUCUUCUUGAGUGAAGUCGUCUUAGAUUUUUU